CUGGACAACCUCUCUCACUAAUCACUCCUCUGUUUCUUUUUCCCCUCCUUGCAUAGAAACCUCUUCCUUGAUGAAUCCAAAAGAGUUAAAAGUGCUCACUGCUUAAGAAUUGGAAAGUACAUGCAGUAAUCUUAAAUCUUGUUUCGCAGGUUCUUACUGGUAAUUGCUGUUAUAUGAUGCCUCCUACGGACAAGAAUCACGGUUGUCCAGUUGUACCUACCGAUUUACUUAGCAAUCUUCCUGAAAAUGUAAUAGAUGCCAUUGUAAUACAUUUGCCUUUACGAGAUGCUGUGAGAACAAGUAUCUUGUCGAAGAAAUGGAGAUAUAACUGGUGCAGACUUCCAGAGUUGACGCUUGAUCAAGCACUUUGGGAAACGACAGAUAACGUAAUAUCCCCUACAGCUAGAUUUACAAACAUUUUCUACCACCUGUUGACCCUCCAUGUAGGACCAAUUCUAAAAUUUACCCUCUCCGUUGCUGAUCUUGGAAACUGUCCUAAAAUUGAUAACUUGAUAUGUUUCCUCUCUAGGAAUGGCAUUCAGCAUCUUGUGCUUCAAUUUCCCAAAAGAAGCCUAUACAAAUUGCCUUCUUCAUUUUUCACAUGUUUUCAAAUGAGACAUCUGAGUCUCCAUAAUUGUUCAAUAAAUCCUCCACCCGUUUUUAAAGGAUUUGAUAAUUUAGUUAGCCUAGAACUUUGUGGAGUCACAAUUCAUUCCCCACUUCUAGAAAGUUUGAUCUCUCAUAGCCCUUUGCUCAAGCAGUUGGUGCUGCAGUCUAGUGUAUUUUACCACGUUCAGAUUAAAGCUCCCAAGUUGAGAUCUUUUAACUUCAAAGGCCGUAUAAGGUUUAUUUCUGUAAGAAAUGCCCCCCUUCUUGCAAAACUUACAAUUGUAGAUGGAGGAUAUUCUGAGAAGGCAGGAAUUCGUGAUACUACCAAGUUUAUUCAGUCUUUUCAUGCUCUCGAGCAUCUCCACUUGGAUUAUUCUAGUGUCCGGUUCUUAGCAGGUGAAGCAUCGGAAAAGCUCCCCACUGCUCUUAACUGUCUUAAACGUCUUCACCUUGGUAUUACUCUAGAUGAACUAGCUGUGGUAUCAUUUGCUCUUUGCUUGAUAAGAAGCUCCCCGUAUUUACAGGACAUUGAAAUUCAGGUAUACAAACGGUUUAAUCCUGCAACCAGUGAUGCUAUGAAUGAGAUUCCUGCUUUAAAAUCUCUUGAAGUCGAAGGCUUCUCAGAUGUGACAUUGAAUCACCUCAGAGCAGUUAAGCUUGAAAGUAUAACAGGCACAAAGCCUGAAAUGCAGCUUAUUAAGCUUCUAUUAGCCAAGUCUCCGAUGCUCAUAGGAAUGUUAAUCGAGCACGGGCAAGGAAAUAAGUCCCUUGAAGCAAGACUCGAGUUAGUCACAGAGCUAACAAAAUUUCAGCGGGCAUCACCUAAAGCAGAAGUUGUCUAUAAAGGUUCAUAGAGCGCUACCAAGAUCAGAGUCCUGUCUAUCUCCACUUGUCUUUUAUAACACCAUGGUCUCUGACAGAAAUGAAUGUGGAUGCAGUAGUAUAUGGCUGUGUUUGCCUUGCCUUAUAAUUGAGAUAAAAAACUGAAUUUCAGUGUCUCUGGAUGGAUGUUUUGACUUUUGACCAGUCUAUUUCUUUUCAUAUCACAAUGCUAAGGAUUGUGUCAUUUCAUGCCCGUUCGUGAAUUAUCUAUGAAUUGAUGGGAAUGUGGUCGUUUAUUUCAAAGUUAUGUUUUGGUUGGGGUG